UAACCACUGCGCCACAACGGGAACUCCAAGGUAUGAAAUUCUUUUAGUCCAAGCCCAUGUUAGCUAUCACAUGAAGAUGAGUGAGACUGGAAUGUGGUGAGACAGAACAAACCAGGGCUGGAGGAGUGGACAAUGACAAGACCACGCAGGGCCUUGUGAGCUAUGAUAAAGAUUUUGGACCUUAUUGCUAAUUCAAAAGUAAAUCAGUAAGGGUUUUUUGGUUUUUGGUUGUUUUUUUUUUGUCCCAAUUUAUUAUCCCUUUUCAAUUGAGAUGUAAUCUGAAUUACAAGUAAAUGCAAAGAUCUUAAGUCUUGAGGUCGACGAGUUUUGACAACUGUCUACACCUGUGUAACCACCGGCAAAAAGAAGAUACAGAACAUUUCUAUCAUCCUAUAAAGGUCUCGCCUGCUCCUUUCCAGCCCAGUGUCCCCGAUUCCAGAGUAUUGAAGGGUCUAGGCAUACUGUGUUUGCAUUUGGAAGGGCCGGCUGCAGCGUCGAGGUAGGCCUGAGCCAGGAGAGUACUGCACAGGUCAAGCAGAGAUGGCCCGGUGGCACAGAGGUCGCCUAGCAACCUGAAAGCGUUGCCUGGGAUUGACGAUUCCACGCAGGCGGAAGGGGUGGCCCCGUCCCGAGCAGACCGGUACGUAGCCCCGCCUCGCGACGGGGCGGACCGAAGCUUCUUAUUGGUCGGUCUCCCGGAAGCUACCGGAUUUGGACUAUCGUCCGUAGUAGUGCUGCUGGCGUGGGUCCGCGGUGCGUGGCGGAGGCACGUGGUGCGUAGUGCGUGGUGUGUGUGGCUUGACUGGGCUGCGCGCCCCUCCCGCGCGACCAGGAGGUCCUCCCCGUGGAGCCUCAGCUUCCUCUGCUUGCAGUAGAGGAGCACGCCCCUUACGGAGAUACCCUAGGCCCCGGCUUCCAGCUCCGUUGCCGACCUGGGGGGCUCCGGGACUGGGACCGACAGAGCGGGCUCCGGCAUCCCCGCCGCCCCGUCAGCGACUGGGACCGACAGAGCGGGCCCCGGCAUCCCCGCCGCCCCAGGUGUCUGUGCGUGACUGACACUCGCGUUCCCAGAGUCCCCCGCGCAGGCGGGAUGUUUGUCCUGGUGGAGAUGGUUGACACCGUGCGGAUACCCCCGUGGCAGUUUGAGAGGAAGCUCAACGACUCUAUUGCCGAGGAGCUGAACAAGAAAUUGGCCAACAAGGUUGUAUACAACGUGGGACUCUGCAUCUGUCUGUUUGACAUCACCAAGCUGGAGGAUGCCUACGUGUUCCCUGGGGACGGCGCGUCACACACCAAAGUUCACUUUCGCUACGUGGUGUUUCACCCGUUCCUGGACGAGAUCCUGAUUGGGAAGAUCAAGGGCUGCAGCCCGGAGGGCGUGCACGUCUCUCUAGGGUUCUUUGAUGACAUUCUCAUCCCUCCGGAGUCGCUGCAGCAGCCGGCCAAGUUCGACGAAGCAGAGCAGGUGUGGGUGUGGGAGUACGAGACGGAGGAGGGGGCGCACGACCUGUACAUGGACACUGGCGAGGAGCUCCGCUUCCGGGUGGUGGACGAGAGCUUCGUGGACACGUCCCCCACGGGGCCCAGCUCGGCCGAGGCCGCCUCGUCCAGCGAGGAGCUGCCAAGGAAGGAGGCUCCAUACACGCUUGUGGGAUCCAUUUGUGAGCCGGGCCUCGGCCUUCUCUCCUGGUGGACUAGCAGCUAGCCCUGCGCCUGGACAGUGGCCUGCGGCCGGCCCUGGAGACCACAGCGCUUCUGCGGAUGCCGAGGAGUGGAGACCGUCCCUCACCAGGUUGUGGCCGCCCCCGACCUCCCAGAGCCGACGUCUCAGCCCGGUGGACCGCUGCCUCUCCGCAACAGCAAAGACAUGUAAUAAAUGAUGGACGAGCCACCCUGUCUCAAUGAUGUGAGGUCACCGGGUUGCCACAGCUGGCACAGCAUGUCCUGCCUCACCCCAAAUCACUUCUGGAGAUGCUCCAGCCCCCGCAAGCAGGACUUGGGGGUUGAGAGGUCCAGGCGCCCUCAGGCCAGGCUCUGGACUGGCAGAGCUUGGCAUAGCUGCCAGGUGCUGAGCCGGGUCUGACCUUGUAGGGCCAACCACCUUCCUUCCCACCAGCAUGUGGACUCAGGAAAAUGGAGGCGGUGGGCUUGGCUGGCCUAAGGGGGCGAGGGCUGGUGACCUGCUCUUGUGCCCCCACCAGCAGUACAGCAGGAAGCCUUGGGCCAGCUGUCACUCUCGGACUUCGGCCACACCAGGAACACCCUGUGGGUCUGUCUGCUGGUGAUGCGGGAUCCUGGCACCAGCAGGCGCCUCCUCGUUUAUUCAGCAGAGUGGCUUUGCCAGACUCACUCCUGGCAGGACUGGGACAUGGUCGGUCUGGUAGCACCACCAGAUGUCUGUCAGGCCAGCCUUGUCCUGAUGAAGGGGUCUCCCGGCUCAGGUUCAGGCGGACACGGGCCUGGAGGUGCUCCAGCGAGAGGAGCAGUUGCAGAACGGUGCCUGCUGCCACUUUGUGCUGGGGGGGGACAGUGCACAGAGGAAUGGACGAGUUGUGACCUUGGACGUGGUGGCCUGUCUGUAAAAUAGACACUCUGGGGCAACUCAAUGCCCAGGGGAAGGGGGAGGCUCUAUCUUGGGCCCACUCCCCAGCGCAGCUGGGAAGCUACUGUAAUAUUCGGGGGUAGGGAGGCGGCCUGGUAGGGCUGAAAGAAAAGUCCCAAGUGUGGUGACGGGUCCAGCUGUGGCGGGGCUGCCGGGCAGCCGUGGUAAUGGAGUUGGUAAUAGCACAGAGAAACCACCACUCACAGAGCAAGAGUCACUGGAUUUAGAUUCUUAUUUUCUUUGCAAGAGCAAAAGGUUUCUUUAAAAAUCCUUCAGCUACCAGUGAAAUGAUCAGGCAGGAGAAAAAUUUAGAUGGAAGUCUUAUCAUCAAAAAUAAAUACAGUUGCAUGAAGCUGCUUAAGAUCUGAAUCAAACUAAAAACAGGAAGGCAAGGAGUUG